AUGAAAGUGGAAAAAGUGGAAUUUGAGGAUCGCAAACGACAGGCACUCAGCGUCAAGUGCAGCAGUCGGAAAAUUGAUAAAAAGUUCGGAGCGAUGCAAUGUGAAUUUGAUAAAGUUGAUGAAAUGUGUAGAAUAUUAAAGCCAUGUUUGAUAUUGGGGAGACCAAAUGCAGAUUGCAAGAACGUGAAGUGGGCAAUUAAGAAGAAGACAUGGUUAGACAAAAUCAACUGUAGUCUCCAGUUUAUGGGUUUAAGGAUGGAAUGCUCCACAAUUAGGAAUCUCAAUAUUUUAUCGACUCAUAACAAUUAUAGUGAUUUUAGGAAUUUUUAA